AUGUCGUUCCGUGUGCUUGACUUGACAAAGCCGUUUUCGCCGUUUGUGCCCGAGGUGAUCGCUCCCGAGCGCAAGGUGCUGUUCCAGCAGAAAGUGAUGUGGACGGGGGUGACGUUGUUGAUCUUCUUGGUAAUGCUGGAGAUCCCCCUUUACGGGAUCGCCCUGAGCGACUCGCUGGACCCGUUGUACUGGUUGAGAAUGAUGCUUGCCCUGAACCGGGGGACGUUGAUGGAGUUGGGGAUCUCCCCCAUUGUGUCGGCGGGGAUGGUGUUCCAAUUGUUGCAGGGGACUAAGAUCAUCCAGGUCGACAUGCUGGACAAGCACGAGCGCGAGCACUUCCAGGCGGCGCAGAAGUUGUUUGCCAUCUUGUUGGCGGUGGGCCAGGCGACCGUGUACGUGUUGACGGGGAUGUACGGCCCCCCGAGACAAUUGGGCAUUGCCGUGUGCCUUUUGCUUAUUUUGCAAUUGGUGUUUGCCGGGGUUGUUGUUAUCCUUUUGGACGAAUUGUUGCAAAAAGGUUACGGUUUGGGGCUGGGUAUCUCCCUCUUCACCGCCACCAACGUGUGUGAACAAGUGUUCUGGAAGGCGUUUGCCCCCACCACCUUCAACUCUGGCCGGGGUGCUCAAUUCGACGGCGCCGUCGUCGAAAUGUUCCACUUGUUGGGCUCGGGCAAGGACAAGAAGCGCGCCCUUUUGGAAGCGUUCUACCGCCCCAACGCCCCCAACAUGUUCCAGUUGCUCGCCACCAUCGUCGUGUUCUUCCUUGUGGUGUACCUCCAAGGGUUCCGUGUCGAAUUGCCCGUGAAGCUGACCCGCCAACGUGGUCCUCACGGCUCGUACCCCAUCCGGUUGUUCUACACUUCUAACAUCCCCAUCAUGCUCCAGCUGGCGUUGCUGCUGAACAUCUUCAUCGUGUCGCAGAUGUUGUUCAUGAAGUGGCCCAAGAACAUCUUCGUCAAGUUGUUGGGUACCUACGACGUCCGUCCCGGCCAAUCGCAAUUGUUUGCCGUUGGCGGGUUGGCCUACUACAUCCAGCCGCCGAUGUCGUUGACUGAGGCGUUGAUGGACCCGAUCAAGACUUUGAUCUACGUCGCCUACGUCCUCGGGUCGUGUGCGGUGUUCCUGACCACCUGGAUCGAGAUUGCCGGCUCGUCGCCCAAGGACGUCGCCAAGCAGUUCAAGGACCAAGGGCUCGUCAUUGCUGGCCACCGUGACGUGUCGGUGUACCGCGAGUUGAAGCGGAUCAUCCCCACCGCCGCCGCCUUCGGUGGUGCCACCAUCGGCGCGUUGUCGGUGGCGUGCGACUUGAUGGGUACUUUGGGUUCGGGGACGCUGAUCUUGUUGGCGUGCACCACCAUCUACGGCUACUACGAGUUGGCGGCCAAGGAAGGCGGUUUCGCCAAGUCGAUCGUUCCCGGUUUCGCCGACGGUAUCUAG